AUAGCUUUGAAGAAAAGGGAAGAAAGUAUUUGCUUACUAUCAUCCUACAAAUGAACUUCAGCUCUUUUCAUUUCUUCAUGCACAAGCCACGGAGCGGAUCCCUUUUUUCUCUUUCUUUACAAAAUGACAGAUAGAAAAAAGACAACACCUUUGGAUGUCCUGCAACGUAAAAAGAGGAUCAAUGUAUGUGCACCGAUGGUGAGAUACAGCAAAUUACCUUUUCGAGAGCUUGUUCGCAAAUACAACACAGAUAUUGUUUACACACCCAUGAUCCUUGCUGAUGUCUUCAAAAGCUCUGAAUUUGCACGCAACACCGAUUUCUCUACUAAUCACCUAGACGAUCCGGUUGUUGUUCAGUUUGCAGCAAACAAGGCAGUUGAUCUUGCUGAUGCAGCUGAACUUGUUGCUCCCUUUGCAGGCGGCAUAGAUCUGAACUGUGGAUGUCCACAAAAAUGGGCUUAUCAAGAAAGAAUUGGUGCGUAUCUUAUGGAGGAUCCAGAGAAUGUGAGAGACAUGAUUCGAACUGUCAAGGGCCGUGUUGACAUACCAUGCAGUAUUAAAAUUCGCGUACAUAAGGACUUGAGAACAACCUAUGAGUUUGUCAAAAGAGCUGAAGCUGUGGGCGUAGACUUUUUAACGGUUCAUGGGCGCACAAGGUUACAAAAAUCCACGGAGCCUGUUAAUUUUGAAGGGAUAAAGCUUGUAAAGGAGUCAAUCAAUGUACCAGUUAUAGCAAAUGGUAGUAUUUUCUCAUUGAAGGAUGCUGAUGAAAUGUACGAAAAGACGGGUGUGGAUGGUGUUAUGUCAGCCAGAGGAUUACUACAGAAUCCAGCGCUAUUUGCAGGAUAUGAAACCACACCAUGGGAGUGUAUAGAGGAAUAUGUACGUCUUGCACUUGGAUAUGGUACAAACACGUUUAUAUUUCAUCAUCAUUUGAUGUUUAUGUUUGAGGACAUUAUGUGCAAUGCAGAAAGGAAAACAUUCAAUACAUUGUCAAGUAUACCAGCUAUUUUGGAUCAUUUAGAAGAAAAUUGGGGAUUGGAUGUCAGUAAACUCGUAUAAGUUUCAAUUAUGUAAAUAACUCUGAUAUAUCUCCCAAUUAUUUAAUUAAAAAGUAUAAUGCAAAUAAAAACG